AUGGAAGAACCUCCGGAAGAGGCUCGGGGCGAAUCCUGGGAAUCUGAAACCACAGAUUUUCCCUCAGCUGCUGAUUACACUGAUGGCCAGGAAGAAGAUGACCAGAAGAACCAGGCCGAGGGAGAGGCACGUGACCAAACGGAUCACAGGAUAGCUGGCCAAAGUGCCAGCAGAGUGUCUGACCAGGCUGAAGCAAACACAGUUGGCCAAGCUGAUGACAAAGUGUCUGAACACCAUGGACUUAAUACCUCUGGUCAGGCAGACCACAGUGCAUCCAACCUUGUUAAUGUCGCUGACCUUACAGCCCUUGAUGUGGCUGAACAAUUACUGUCUGGACAGACUGAAGAGGAGGCAGCUGAGCAUGAACAGAUUGAGGGUGACAAGGUAGGUGUCCUGCUUGAUGGAGAAACUCCUGGAGAGAUGGAACAAAGAUGGUCCAUACUGUCUGACCAAAAGACUUCUAUACAGACUGAUCACCUAAUGUCCAUGGAUGCUGAGAGAUUAGAUUCUGAGCAGGUUGACAGCACACUGUCCAGCCAAGCUGAGGGACAAAAUGAGAAGAUGCCCCUCAAAUUAUCUGGCCUGGAUAAGAGCAGACCUUCUGAACAGACAGAUGGUAUGUUGUCCAUGCCAUCUGACCAAAGAGUUUCUGAACAGCUUGACCACAGAAUGUCAAUCCAGGCUGAGAAAAGGACUCAUGAGCAGAUUGACUACAGAUUGUCUGGGCUGGUUGAUCAUAAACCAAAGACUCGCUACCAACCCCCUCAACUACCUAAACGCCAGGCUGAUCAACUUCCAGUUAAGGCUGACUCCAGUGAAUCUGACCAGAGUCACCACUUACUUGACACACAAGAUGAUCAGAAGGAAGAAUACCCGUCUGAUGAUGAAAUGCUUGGCCAGCCUGAGGAUAGCGAGGACAAAGAGGCAGACUCCAUAGUACAACCUUACCAAUUUGAGGAUAGCCAAAUAGAUCUCAAUUUCAAGCUUUCAGAUGAAGUAGAAAAUGAAAUUGAAAGUAUAGCCAUGAGCCAAUGCCACCCAGCUAAUGCCAAAAUCACCAGUAAUUUCCAAGCAGAUCAAAAAUUGUCCCAAGAAUCCCUCUCCACCUCAUCUAAAGAGGGCAAUGUCACCAAUCAAGAAAAUACUCAAGCCAUAGAAACCAGCCCUGUAAGUUAA